AUGAUGGAGAGAAAAAGAAAGCUCCCAGCACGAGCAGCUGCACGUGUCGAACAGGCGGCGAAGCGCAGGACGUCGACACCGCCGGCUGAGGGCAGCACGACCCGGUCGGCGACGCCGGCCCUCAGCGCGGCUGGAGGCGACGACUCGUCGGGCGAAAACCAGGCGCAGCAGCAGUCGCACAGCCAGCUGCCAAAGUCCAUCCAGACAGGAAAGCCGCUGCCGACGGUCGAGCAAGCACAGCCCGACAAUUUGUUGGUAACAGAAUAUCAGUCGGUCAACGAGAGUGGCGUUCUGGCCGAGUCGCUCUCGCGGUCGCGACAGAAAUGGAUCAACGAAGGCAUCUUUGAAAAGUACUGGGCGAAACCGUCGAAGCGGAGAGGUGUCGCCGUCGACGACCCCAAAAACCCGCCCAAGGACUCGAUGGUGAAGCUGGGCCAGAUCGUCAUCACGGUCGAGCCACACGUCUUCGAGGCCACCAUGUACGGCGUCAAGGAUCCCAAGCCGGCGGCCUCGCUGCCUCCCAACGUCCGGCCCAUCAUCAUGUACGGCCCCUCGCGAGGCAGCAUGCCACCGCCGUCGUCAGCCGUAUCCACACCGCCACCACCAACACCGAAGAAGCAGUCCCAAAGCCCAGCACAAACACCGGCCUCUAUGCCGGCAACGCCCAGUCAGAAGCCUGCGUAUCCAGUCUCACAGCCGCCAAGACAGGAACAUCCACAAGCAGCAUCCACACCGGCAGUACCAGUACCUACAGCAGCCUCCACACCAGCAUCAGCUGUUCCACUACCACCACCACCGCCUCCUCCUGCAGUGGCCGUCCUGCCACAACCCAUGGUGUCGCCGCGAGGCAUGGAAGGGAUCCUCUCGCCGAGCGCGCCACCAGCACCCAUACAACCAGCAGCAGCCAGACCAGUCGUGCAGCCAGCGGUCAUAGGAGGACCUCCUGCAGCGCCACGACCGCACGCGCCCAGCCCGAUUCUGCCAGUCGGCACGCCAAAGCCGGCAGCGGCACACCCGCCUGGAACGGACUCGAUCAUCGUGACGCUGGCCGAGCGUGCGACAGAAGACCCGCAGCUGCGUGAUCUCAUGAAGAGGGUUGCCAACGGAAACGCGCCGAAAGACGAGCUGGACCGGUUCCAGGCCAUCAUUGACCAGAUCACGAUUGAGACGAAGCGCAAUGGUGCAGCGCAGGGGCCGUCGGCCGACCGGCUGCUCGUCGACGGGAGGACGGUGCGGUUCUUCGCCGAGGAGGUGCGCAUCAUUCUCGACAUUGUGUUGCGGACAAACCCGAAGCAGACAUCGGUGGACCUGCGACCGCCAGCCGGAAGCGACCCGCUCGUAGUGCUGCUGGUGAAAACGGCCCUGGACGAUGGCCGGGUGAAGGAGAUGGUGCGACGGAUCGGCGAGAACCGGCCACAGUUUUCCGACGCGACCGACCUGAAGGCCGUCCUGGACAAGCUCAAGGGCCAGGUGGCACGUGAGAAGGAGCGCGAGCGACAACGGUUACAGUCUGCCGGACAGGCAGUCCUGGCACCAGCAGGCACAACGUCAACAGCCAGCGGGACCGCUGCCUCUUCGGCCGGAACGUUAGCCUUGGGCGGUGUGGCGAAAGCCAACGGAGCGACCGUGGCGGUGUCAUCAUCGACAGGUGGCAUCCUGUCAGCAACAUCGUCGACAUUGCCGUCGACAGCCGCGAGCAGCCAGCACCGAGGCGGCUCGAUCCCGCCAGCCCAGCAGGCGCUACGAUCCAAGGGCCCGCCGCCGGCAGCCAAGCUGGACGUGUCGGCGGUGGUGUUUGAGUUUGCGGGCGGCACGGGCGACCGGUACCUGUUUCCCAGGUUCAGCAUCGUCGAGUACGUGACGUCGCCGCAGGGCCAGAUCGAAGUGGUGGCGUCGUUUCUGAUCGUGCGCAAGGGCAGCCGGUCAGAGUAUUAUGGCGACCCGGACCUGGAUUACUACCAGCCGGUGACGAUUCGGCUGCAGGUGGCGACGCAGUCGGCAUCGUCAUCGUCGGGCCAGAAGCUGCUGGACUAUCUCGCGCGGGUGGUCGCGCCGGCAGACGAGGUAAAGCGGUACAUGGACAACAUCAUGGGCAGCAUGACGCGGGCUGAGUAUGUUCUGCUGGCGAUGCGGCUUCCUCGAAAGGAGCUCGCCGACAAGGUCAACGGGGACGGUGGCAACGAUGCGGACAAGAUGGACCUGGACAGCAAGCACGACAAGAAGCAUGCGAGCAAUGGCUACGUGGUGGGUCUGCCCCAGCCGAUGCAAGGCGUGCUCUGGACGGCCACGGCGACGCCGGCCGUGACCCCAACGCCCCAGCAGAAGUCGGUCAGGCGGAUCGUCGACGAGGACCAGCAGUACCAGAACCUGAUUGCCAGCGUGACGCCCCGGGAGGCAAGCGAGGCGUAG